AUGGCUGGCAAUGAAGGUUCGGUUGUGGUAUAUACUGUGCUACAAUUCAACAAUAACACAGCUGCUCCCACAACAACCACUUCUGCUCCCACAACAACCACAGCUGCUCCCACAACAACCACUUCUGCUCCCACAACAACCACUUCUGCACCCACAACAACCACUUCUGCUCCCACAACAACCACUUCUGCUCCCACAACAACCACAGCUGCUCCCACAACAACCACUUCUGCUCCCACAACAACCACUUCUGCUCCCACAACAACCACAGCUGCUCCCACAACAACCACUUCUGCUCCCACAACAACCACUUCUGCACCCACAACAACCACUUCUGCUCCCACAACAACCACUUCUGCUCCCACAACAACCACUUCUGCUCCCACAACAACCACAGCUACUCCAACAACAACCACAGCUGCUUUGACCACAGUUACAACUGCCACAACAACCACAGCUGCUCCCACAACAACCACCACUGCUCUAACAACAACCACAGUUGCUCCCACAACAACCACAGCUGCUCCAACAACAACGACAGCUACUUCCACAACAACUACAGCUACUUCCACAACAACCACAGCUGCUCCCACAACAACCACAGCUGCUCCCACAACAACCACAGCUGCUCCCAUAACAACCACAGCUGCUCCCACAACAACCACAGCUGCUCCCACAACAACCACCACUACAGCUGCUCCCACAACAACCACAGCUGCUCCCACAACAACCACCACUGCUCUAACAACAACCACAGCUGCUCCAACAACAACGACAGCUACUUCCACAACAACCACAGCUGUUCCCACAACAACCACCACUGCUCUAACAACAACCACAGCUGCUCCAACAACAACCACAGCUGCUCCCACAACAACCACAAUUGCUCCCACAACAACGACAGCUACUUCCACAACAACAGCUGUCCCCACAACAACAACAGUUAUUCCCACAACAACCACUGUUGCUCCCACAACAACCACAGCUGCUCCCACAACAACCACAGCUGCUCCCACAACAACCACAGCUGCUCCCACAACAACCACAGUUGCUCCAACAACAACCACAGUUGCAACAACCACAGUUGCUCCAACAACAACCACAGCUGCUCCAACAACAACGACAGCUACUUCCACAACAACAACAGCGGUCCCCACAACAACCACAGUUGCUCCCACAACAACCACAGUUGCUCCCACAACAACCACAGUUGCUCCC